AUGGGCCAGCUUGACCGAGGGUGGGGGGAGCGGGACUACAAAUCCCAGGAGGCCGCGCGCAGCCACAGCGGAAGGGGGGUGGGGGGCGGAGCCGAACGGAGCCGAACGCGGCCGAGUGGGGCCGAGCGCGGCCGAGUGGAGCCGAACGGAGUCGAACGGAGCCGAACGGAGUCGAGUGGGGCCGAACGCAGCCGAGCGGAGCCGAACCGAGUCGAGUGGGGCCGAACGCAGCCGAGCGGAGCCGAACCGAGUCGAGUGGGGCCGAACGCAGCCGAGCGGAGCCGAGCGCGGCCGAACGGAGCCGAACGCAGCCGAGCGGAGCCGAACCGAGUCGAGUGGGGCCGAACGCAGCCGAGCGGAGCCGAACCGAGUCGAGUGGGGCCGGACGCAGCCGAGUGGAGCCGAACCGAGUCGAGUGGGGCCGAGCGCGGCCGAGCGGAGCCGAGCGCGGCCGAACGGAGCCGAACGCAGCCGCGUGGAGCCCAGCGCGGCCGAACGGAGCCGAACGGAGUCGAGUGGGGCCGGACGCAGCCGAGUGGAGCCGAGCGGAGAGUCGAGUGGAGCCGAUCGGAGCCGAGCCGAGCACGGAGAGCGAGCGGCUCGGGUGUCGGCGGGCUCCGCGCGGAGGAGGAGGAGGAGGAGGAGGGACAGGCGUCCAGCAUGUCCGCGGGCGGCGGCGACGGUAGCUGCGGGCAGACCCCGAGCCGGGCCAUCCCCGCCCCCCGCCGGGUGGUGCUCAGCGACGGGGCGCAGCUGCCCCCCGGGGACUACAGCACCACCCCCGGAGGAACCCUCUUCAGCACCACCCCGGGAGGUACCAGGAUCAUCUACGACCGCAAGUUUCUGAUGGGGUGCCGCAACUCCCCCGUGGCCAAAACACCCCCCCGGGACCUGCCCCGGAUCCCUGGGGUCACCAGCCCCCAAACCGAUGAGCCCAGCACCGAAACCACCCACCUGCACAACAGCCACGAGGACAAGCCGAGCGGCAGUGAGGACUCUCAGUUCGAGAUGGACAUUUAAAGCGCCGGACCUCAGAAGCAAUAACCCUUCAGCCAGUGGACUCUGCUCAGAGGAGCGUUCGCCAAAGCCAGGCAUCAUGAGGAAUGCCUUCCUGGGGGUGAGGGUUGGGGGGAAUGAAGCCGAGUCAGCAUCCUUCCUCCUUUUCACUCAGGGCAGCCACUCCCCCACUUCCAAGCCAGCACCAAUUGGCAAACCCACAGCUACAUCAAGAUCGCCCACGAAUCCCUGCUCCCGAAGGCCAGGAGGCAGGGGAGCUGCAGGAGCUCUUGCAAAUGAUAAUCAUUCUUUUGGUUUCUUUCUGUUUCAACGUCUGUCCCCCCGCCCCCUAUAAUCAGCAACAGCCCACGCUCAAGGCCACCAGAACAAAGGGAGGAAAUAAGAAAAAGGCAACUGCGGGCUUAAGGCUGAGAACCUUGAGAACUUCUAGUCUCAGCUGCCAGUCGCCGAGGCCUAUUGCCAGUUUGUCUUAGAGGGCCCGGCUCUCUCCUUGCCAAGUUCUAGUAUUGGCACUACCUCUAGGAUCGGGAUGGGAUUUCCCCUAUUGGAUCGAGAGGUGGGAAAGGUAAAGUUGAAGGCCAGGGGCUAUCAUCCACAUUAGAAGGGGCCUCCAUAUGAGGAGCCCUCCCAAGUCAGGAUGCUCGUCCUCUAGACUGUAAGCUCUUUGUGGGCAGGGAACACGUCUACCAACUCUGUUAUAUUGUACUCUCCUAAGUGCUCAUUACAAUGCGCUGCGGACAGUAAGCGCUCAAUAAAUAUGAUUGACCGAUUGUAACAAAAGCUGGCAGUUGUUACUCUAGCCCUCAGUGAAGUUCGGUGCCAGGAAACUGAAGUGAGAACUGGCCUCUCUCAGGAAACUUUUUGCGCUCCCAUUCUUCAAGCCAAGUCUCAGGGGUCAAUCUCAUAAACCCCCAAAUUGAGUGGCCACCGAUAGCACCCAAGGAAACCGUCCACCCCUCUGUUGACCUGGAAUAAGCUGCUUACGUUAUGACGUUAAUCAGAACCUUGCGUGGAAAUCCACAGGGACACACUGCAGGAGGACUCCUGACCUCUUCUCUUUGCUCCAGAGCCAUUACAUUCCCCCAGGUGCCACUUAAGACACUGGACAUAAAGACAUCUGGUGCGGUACUGAUACCCAACAGGUAAGAGACCUGCUGAAAAUCAGUCUGAUGAUCAUCCUAUACGUAGAUGCACCUCUGCAAACUUGAUAAAAUCAGUAAUUUCCUCCUGAAAAAGGUGUACCCAGUGGCUAUGGUGUGGUAAGCUCUGGCCUGGUUGG